GUUUUUCUCUUGAUCCUCCUGUAAAAUUACGCCGAUACAGACAUACAGAAAACCGCCUACGUGUUGAAUGUGUCGAAAAUGGCUUCCAAUGUGGCACUUUAGCUCAGAUUAAUUUAAAUCGGCACCUUUGAAUACGCCUGUUUACCUGGGAAGAUUUAGACCCAAACACUACCUCCUACAGGCUGAUGCAAGUUGAAUGAGUGAGCUGUCAGCUGUGUGUGAAGAAUAUUGUACGCAAGUGUGAAGAAGAUGACAGACUGUCAGGGAGACGGAGAUGGAGACACGAGUCCAGUGGGGCUCUACGAGAAACUGACAGCACAAGGAGACCAUGUCAGGGCCUUGAAGACAGCUAAAGCUGACAAAGCUGAAAUUGAUGCUGCUGUCCAGUUGCUGCUAAAGUUGAAGGUGGACUACAAACAGUUGACCGGUCAGGAUUACAAAGCAGGCUGCCCCCCCUCAGAAAACUCUGUUGCCCCAAACAAUGGACCAGCAGCAGAUGGCGCUGAUGAUGAAGACACGGUUGACCCAUGGAACGUUUCCACUACCAAUGCUAAGGGAGUGGAUUAUGACAAACUCAUCGUGAGGUUUGGCAGCAGUAAAAUUGACCAGGAACUGGUGGACAGAAUAGAAAAAGUUGCGGGACAGAAACCUCACCGCUUUCUACGAAGAGGAAUCUUCUUUUCACACAGAGAUAUGCACCAGGUACUGGAUGCAUAUGAGAAGCACAAGUCCUUCUACCUUUACACUGGCAGAGGUCCGUCCUCAGAGGCCAUGCACGUUGGUCACCUCAUCCCCUUCAUUUUCACCAGAUGGUUGCAGGAUGUGUUUGAUAUCCCCCUGGUGAUCCAGUUAACUGAUGAUGAGAAGUACCUGUGGAAGGAUCUAACAAUAGAAGAAUGUCACCGCUUCGCUGUGGAAAAUGCCAAGGACAUCAUUGCCUGUGGCUUUGAUGUCAACAAGACUUUCAUCUUCUCUGAUCUUGACUACAUGGGGGCAUCCCCUGAAUUCUACAGGAAUGUGGUAAAGAUCCAGAAGCAUGUGACAUUCAACCAAGUCAAAGGCAUCUUUGGCUUUACAGACAGUGACUGCAUUGGAAAAAUCAGUUUCCCAGCCAUCCAAGCAGCUCCGUCCUUCAGUAAUUCUUUCCCACAGAUCUUUGGAAGCAGAAAGGAUAUACAGUGUCUCAUUCCCUGCGCCAUAGACCAGGACCCAUACUUCAGGAUGACCCGUGAUGUAGCUCCAAGGAUCGGCUAUCCCAAACCAGCCCUGCUGCACUCCACCUUCUUCCCAGCCCUGCAGGGGGCGCAGACCAAGAUGAGCGCCAGUGAUGCAAAUUCUUCUAUUUUCCUCACUGACACACCCAAGCAGAUCAAAAACAAGAUCAACAAACAUGCGUUUUCUGGAGGAAAAGACACAGUGGAAGAGCACAGGAAGUAUGGUGGAAACCCAGACGUAGAUGUCUCUUUCAUGUACUUGACUUUCUUCCUGGAGGAUGAUGAACAGCUUGAGAAGAUCAAACAGGACUACUCAAGUGGAGCUCUCCUAACAGGAGAACUGAAGAAGAUCUUGAUUGAGACUCUGCAGCCAAUGAUUGCCCAGCAUCAAGAGCGACGCAAACAGGUCACAGAGGAGAUAGUCAAGCAGUUCAUGACACCCAGGCCUUUGAAUUUUAAAUUCUAGUGUGCUUAAACAAAUCAGAUGUCAUCAUUUGUCGUGUCACUAAGCUCAGUACAAGAACAAAUAAUGAAUCCAGUUUUUUCCAUUGAAGAUUAUUAGAAUAUGUAAUGGGAAAAUGGAUUUUCUUACACAGUUUGCAUCAGGACUGGAGGAAAAAAAAAUGUAAUUACUGGAGCGAUUACGUGCUUCUCUGUGUCAAACUCAGCAUGACAUUGUCGACAUGCUGCUUGUUAGCUCCUUGCUACACCAAAUGUACACAUUCAUCAUUAUGACGUGUUUGUGUUUUUAGCCAUACUCCUCGCUGAAAUCAGCUCAGGAUGAAAGAUGAUUAAAGCGGAGUACGUAUAUUGUUGCAAAAAAUCUGCUCAGUGACAAACAACAACACAGCUAAAUUUAAAAAAAUGUAAUAAGUCUUAUUUUGCUUGGGGGAAAAAAAGCCUCAGAACAAGAAUUAUCACCACAAAAAUGUUGUAUAUGGCGUUAAGAGGUAGGCAUAAUGUGAUAACAGGAGAUAUAUUAUGAGAUUUCAGUACCAACAAGUAGGCCAUCAGUGUCUUAUUCAAGGUCACUAAACCAAAUGUAUUGUUAUCAGCAUCUUGGCUCAGCAUAACUCUUUCUCUAAGCAAAGUCUGAGUGGGGAAGUUUCAUUCAAAUUGUGCCCAGGCUAAACAUUAAACUGUACUUGAACAACAAAAAAUAUACCUGUGCACGCAUACAAUGUUCUUUAAUAUGCCUGUGACCACACAGCAAAGGCGUCCUGUGUGAAAAUGUAUUUGGUAAUAAACCUGCUUCUGAUUCUGUUCACCCAAA